UUUUCAGCCUAUACCUUCUCAAAUGAUGGGCUCCAAAGCACGAGCACGACGACGUUUAAGUUGUUUUUUAAGCGUUUUUGUUGUGACAUGCUUAUUACAGUACUGCACAGCAGGUGUUACUAAGAAUAAUAGUUGCAAAAAAGUUGGAGUGGAGGAACUUAUAGAUGAAGAAGGCUGUGAUUUGAUGAUAAUUCGAAUCAAUCGAUGCAGUGGGCAUUGCUUCUCAUUUACAUUUCCUAAUCCCUUAACGAAAAAAUAUUCAGUGCAUGCGAAGUGCUGCCGGAUGGUUGAAUGGGAAAUGCUUGAAACAGAAUUAAAAUGUUCCAAAGGAAACCGAAAUCUUCGAAUACCAUCUGCAACACAAUGUGAAUGUUUUGAUUGUCUUGUUCGAUAGUUGCAGUUUCCAUCUCUUUCAUUUCUCAUUCUUGAAUCUCUUGAGUUUUACCUGCAUAAUAGAUUUAAUUUAUUUUCUCUCCUCCAGUGCCACAUUCAUCCACAUUUCCAUAAAAUCUCGUUCCCUUAAUUAUUUCUAUAAUAAUCUCGUUGAUACGGGCAUCUAAAAAUGCAAAAAAUCAAAGCGAAAGAAGGAUGACUGACAUAAAUUGUCUCAAAUGAAACCGAACAAAAACCAAAAUUACCAAGUUGAUCUCUCUGCGUCUCACAUUCUCUCAUUCUAUUUUCUUGUCUGCCAAACAAAAAACAAAAUGUUCUUUAUUGAAAUAAACAAUUGACAAUGUUGAUUGAAUGAUACCUCUAGCCAACAGAAAAUGAGUUUGAAUUGUGCAUUAUUCAUGUACUGUACCUUUGUACUUUGUCCUUUUUUUGGAAUAUUUUUAAUUAAAUGAAAAAGAACCUAAUAAACUUUUAUUUUUCCU